UUAAAGCAAAAUAAAAAUUAAAUUAAAAUAAUAAAAUAAAAUACUUGUGUGCAAAAGAACACUCGCUUAACUUCUGUGACAGUCGCAAGCAGCAGCUAUUUGGUAAACAUAUACAAAAUAAAGCAACGAAAAAAGGAAGAUGAAAAGAGCCGAAAUCAGUUUUAUUCGCAAGCAAUUUUUUUCCGCAAAACCAAUUAAUGCAGCGAUUGUGAGCGCUCGACGCUGCAGCAACUAAAGUGAGAAUUCAAAGAAGUGAUGAAAACAAAUGCAAUUGCAGUAUAACUGUAAGUACGGAAGCGCAAGAGAAAAGGCCAAUAAAGCGCCAACGAUAUGCAACACCAACAACAGCAGCAACAAUCCACGAGCGCUGCAGUGAAAAAGUAAUUAAAAACGAACUUUAACCCACAUAACUACAGCGUUGGUGUUUAUGCAGCAGCUGCGCCGACCCAGGCGUACCGCCCACACAUACGACCCCCAUAUACAUACAUACAGGUAUACAAGCACAUACACGCGAAAGUGUUUGCUUAAAAGCGAAACAAAUACAACUCGAAACCGAAAAAGCAAAAAACAAAAAAUCUUAAGCAAACAUUUGAAAAGCGGGGAGUUUGCUUAAAGCGCUAGAAAGUAGCGACUGGAGGGCGGCUAACGUGCUUAGAAAGUGCCCAUAUAGUGUUUGAAGAAGUUGCUGUAGCAGUUGUUGGUGUCUGUAUUGGUGUGUGCAUUAGUGUGUGUAUGGAAUUUGCAGCGUUGCAUUGUGUAUGUAGUAGUGUAGUAGAAGCAGCAGUGAAGCAACAGCAAAAGCAACAGCGAAAACUGGAUUACUGUGUAGAACAACAUCGGCAACAACACGAACAGCAAGUAACGCUAACAAGAUGCAGAAGGAAAAUAAUACGACAGCGGAAAAUUGCCAAUUUGUGGGGCCAUAUCGUCUGGAGAAGACUCUGGGCAAGGGACAGACGGGCUUGGUUAAGUUGGGCGUACACUGUGUGCUCGGUCGUAAGGUGGCCAUUAAAAUAAUCAAUCGCGAGAAGCUCAGCGAAUCGGUGUUAAUGAAGGUGGAACGUGAAAUUGCUAUUAUGAAAUUGAUUGAUCAUCCGCAUGUCUUGGGCCUGAGCGAUGUCUAUGAAAACAAAAAGUAUUUGUAUCUAAUAUUAGAGCAUGUUUCUGGUGGUGAACUGUUCGAUUAUUUGGUGAAAAAGGGACGACUGACGCCGAAGGAGGCGCGUAAAUUUUUCCGUCAAAUAAUAUCAGCUUUGGAUUUUUGUCACUCACAUUCGAUAUGUCAUCGAGAUUUGAAACCCGAAAAUUUGCUGCUGGACGAAAAGAACAACAUCAAAAUUGCCGACUUCGGUAUGGCUUCAUUGCAACCGGCUGGUUCUAUGCUGGAAACCUCAUGUGGAUCGCCGCAUUAUGCAUGUCCCGAGGUCAUAAGGGGUGAAAAAUACGAUGGACGCAGAGCGGAUGUUUGGUCCUGCGGCGUUAUCCUGUAUGCGCUAUUGGUGGGCGCAUUGCCCUUCGAUGACGACAACCUACGCCAGCUGCUGGAGAAAGUGAAGCGUGGCGUGUUUCACAUACCGCACUUUGUGCCGCCCGACUGUCAGAGUUUAUUGCGCGGCAUGAUUGAGGUGAAUCCGGAUCGACGACUGACGUUGUCGGAAAUAAAUCGCCAUCCAUGGGUCACGGCUGGUGGUAAAGGUGAAUUGGAAUUGGAACUGCCGAUGAUGGAGGUGGUGCAAACGCAUGUCAUACCGUCCGCCUCAGCGGUGGAUCCGGAUGUUUUAAAUGCGAUUUGCUCACUGGGUUGCUUCAAGGAAAAGGAUAAACUCAUACAAGAGCUAUUGAGUUCGAAUCACAACACAGAGAAAGUUAUAUAUUUUCUACUCUUGGAUCGUAAACGAAGGCGUCCUGCCUUGGAGGAUGAUGAUGAAAUCGCUCAAAAAUCACGUAGUGAAUUAGAUGCAGUGGAUCCGCCCAGAAAACGACUCGAUACCUGUCGUAUAAAUGGCACGAAUUCGCCCAGCUACGGACAGAUAUCGGAAGGUUCACCUUUAACGCCUAGACGGCAAGCUUUCAACUUCCGAUCCUACAGCAGUUCGCGCAAUCACCAGCGUCGCUCGCCCACUACGGUUUCCUCGGUGCGUUCCUCGUCAUAUCACAGUCCCACACGCUGCAAUUCGCCCAUCAAUUCGGCGCAACAACAAGUGAAUGCCAUCUCACGUCCAUCCUCGCCAGCGGCCACAUCCGCCGGACACUCGUCCCGUCACUCUACCUAUUCGAGUGAAUGCCGCGAGCGUUCCGGCUCGGCACACCAUCAUCCGUCUGUAAGUCGUACGCCCUCACAUUCUUCGCAAAGCGGCGUGGAGGGUAUUAUAGGUGGUGGCAGUGGAGGUGAUAGGGGUGGUGUUGGUAGUGGGGGCAGCGGUGGCAGUAGUGAUAUUGUUGCGGUGCGUGAAGCACGCGAAGCGCGCGAACGUCGAGACUCCCGCAGUGAACGCCAGGCGGCGCUGCAGGCGAGCUGUGGUGGUGUGCCCGGCAGUCCCGGUGGUGGCAGCAGUAGUGGUAGCGGCUCAACCGUGCAUCAUCGUGCCAAUUCGGGACCAACUAUAGCGAUUAGCAUGUUCCACGAUCCGGAAGCGAAUAGCGUUAUGAAUCCUACAACAUCACCGCUAAUGAACAACAGUUCACCAGUGAUGCCCGGUUCACCAUGUAAUGCGCCCGGCGGCCAACUGUGGAAGACGCGUCUUACAAAUAUAAAAAAUAGCUUUCUGGGUAGCCCACGCUUUCAUCGAAGAAAGCUGCAAGUUUCUGCGGACGAGGUGCAUUUGACGCCCGAAUCAUCGCCCGAGUUGACAAAACGUUCGUGGUUUGGUAAUCUAAUAACCACAGAGAAGGACGAAACGUUUACAAUUUUAGUUAAAGGCAAGCCAAUAGCGACUGUGAAGGCACAUCUGAUACAUGCCUUUCUGUCGAUGGCAGAGCUUUCGCAUAGCGUAGUCUCACCCACAUCCUUCCGUGUAGAAUACAAACGCAAUGGCAAUGGACCGGUCAUGUUUCAGCGCCAUGUCAAGUUUCAGGUGGAUAUAAGCGCAAUUUGUAAACAAGGAGAUAUCUCGGAUAUGCUGUUUGCACUGACAUUCACUUUGUUAUCAGGCAAUAUACGCCGCUUCCGUCGCAUCUGUGAGCAUAUACAAUCGCAAGUGUGCUCCAAACGUUUCCCCGGACCGAGUAGUCCACCCACAGUGGCGACCGUUACGCAAGCCGUUUCGGAGAGCUCAUCAUGUGGUUCGGUCUCAAGCGAACGUUUGUCCUAUAAACGUCAACAGAUUGAGAAUGAAAUUGAGAAUGACUCAAUAUUUGUUUUCAAAUCGGGCAAUGGCCGUCGUGCAUCGACAACAAAUAAUAACAAUGCACCGCCGGCGGAUAUUGUGCCCGCAAGUCCAAUAGCCGUGCGCUCAAAUUCCGAAACCGAGCAGCACGAACGCAAUCGUGAAUUGCAGAGUGAUCGUCAGGCGACAACAAUGUCAGGGAGUGCAAUAGCAUGAGAAUUAUUUCUCUGAUUUAGUUACAUUUUUAUAUAAAAGUAAUUUUUUUCAAAAACUAACAGAUAACAUAAUACAAGAAGAAGAAACAAGAAAAUACACAAAAAAUAUAUCGAACUACUGUCUUACAAUUACGAGUUAUACUUAACAAUAGUAACAUAGCAAAUUAAACAAAUUAAUAAACAAUAAAUAAGGUGAAAAAAUUAUGUAAGAAGUACUAAGAAUUUGCUAAGUAUUGAUUAAAUUUUUGUUGUAAAAGACUGUGCUUGAAAGGAUAUUAUGUUGCUGGUGAAGAUGUAACUACUGAGUUAUUAUGUGCUUUAAAGCUUUUGGAGCUUUCAGAAUUAUAUGUACGCAUGCUUAAAAACUUUUAAGCUCACAUUUGUAUAUGAUUCAAAUGUAUUUGUUAAGAUGAGUUAUUAAAAUUUCAAAAGCUUCAGACGUUAUAAAAAGCUUUCACGUACAAAAGGUUUUAAUAAAAUUUCAACUUUGUAUAAUUUUCAACCAUAUAGAAGAAUUUUAAGUAAUGUUCGUUGCGCUUUUAAGGAUUUUUAAAAAGCUUUUACUCUUCACUUCAGGUAUUACAAAAAGCUUUCAAUUAGCUUUUCAAUCAAGCUAAUUAAAUUGAAAUUAUGUAUAGUUUUUUUAACAAUGAGUAAAGGAGAUAGUAAAUCUUUUGAAAAGUUUGUAUGACUUGAAAAAUGAGCAUAAGUAAAAGCUCGAUCGAAGCCUUCAUUAAAAGCUUUUUUCAUCGCCAGAGAAAGAUAGUAAACUUUUUAAAAGUUUUGGAUGAAUCGAAAAAAAG